AUGGACGAUCGCUUAAAGAGAAAUAAAACGGCCCAUGCCUCGAACCAGCCUGCCCUGCAGUCAGACGCCCUAAGGGAGGACAUGCUUUCCAUUUCUCUUGGUGAAUCGCCGCUGGGCAUCCAAUGCCAAGUAGCGCAAGACCUCCUCUUCUCCAUCCCGAUGGAGUCCAUUGGGACGUCUCCACCCCCGGUGCCGACAGCUAGCACGGCAGUAGAGGCGUCUCCACGGAAGCGUCGAGCCGAUGCGGGUAGGGCCACAAUAACCAUUUCUGCAAAGAAACAGCUGGUCGAGCUCUGGACCCAAUACCAUGAGCAGCAGCCUUUCGACUGGUAUGCAAAGAAGUGCAACAUCAAGAGUUCUAGUGUCCGAUCCCUCCUCUGGCGGUUGCGAAAGGGUGACGACAUUACUCAGCCAAAGACGCGUGGCAGACGUCCUAUGAUCAACGACGAAGCUGGCAGAAUAAUUAUGGAGACAUUGCAGAAACCUGGUGGCACAAUAAUGGAGGCAUCACAGGCCUUGGCGGCUGCGCAGAGGCCAAUCUCCGUUCCGACAAUCAGCCGUGCUCUUCGGCGUCGCGAUGUGCCCGCCUUUAACGUUCGUAUUCCUCUUAAACUAAGUCGUGCCCGACAAAAUAGCGCGGCAGGGGCGAGAAGCUUGUCCCGACAAGAGCGCCUCUCGUUCUUCCGUAGCCUGAACCAUGCCCUGAAGGACGCCACCGAUUUUCUUUCAUCGAAAGACAUUCUCAUCAGCGACGACUACUCACGCUUACUUAUCUACAUCAACGUGUCAGAAUGGCACUUUGGGCCUUACAGACAGUACGGGGUGUCGCUACGCUCUAAGCACUCCUUUUCACGAAAGUCAAUCACGAAGUUGACUGCUUUGACAGCCAUCGCGGGAUUCCCUCCGAAUUAUACCAGGCAAGGCCCAGAGAUAGCCACUGUCACAGGGCUUAAUAGAGCUCCACCAAUUGAAUUAGAAAAACCAAUGAUUUUCAACCAGUUUCUGAUUGGAAAACCUGGCCCGGUUGCAAUCGAUCAAUGGAUUGCAGCGAUGCUUGCACACUUUGCCGAGUGGCCAGACGUUAUCUUCGUAAUAUUUGACGAUGUUCCAUUGACCGUUACGGCAGAUAUGGCUCUACAGCAGCGAGGCUAUGUAGUUACAGGACAUAGAGCGCUUGCAGAUUUAUCACCACUAGAGUACCUCACGCCCCAGAUGACCGCCGCAGUCCAGGCUCUGGAUGCUCAGCAACAGUCUUCGGACACGGACAAUUUACUCAAAGAAAUGAGUGAGGCAAUCCAGAACAUAGAUUCUGACGCUGUCCGGGACGCAGUCAUGUGGUCCUGCAAUUCCAUAUGGGAGGUUCCUCUCAGGACCUAA